UCUUGUGAGUCGACUGGAACUCUGAAAGCGUCUCGUCAACCAGAACCAAGCGAUAAACCAAUGAGAAGAAUAUCUCAGAAAGAAGGGGCCCUGGCCGGUAUCCGACUCCGUCCAUGAAAUAUUAGAACCUUUCUCUCUCUCUCUCUCUCUCUCUCUCUCUCCUGGCGAUGCAAAUAGCGAAUUCCACUUCUUUCCUUCAUCCGGCAAUUCAUCUGCAACACUAACAGAGAAGGAAAGAAGUACUAGAAAAAUGCUUGCAUGCGACGCUUCAUUCAUCUGUCAACCUCUCUGCAGAGCCGGGGUUCAUAUGUCGAGGAACCCUAGAAGAAGUUCUAGGGUUACAGUAGUGGCGAUGGAUAGAAGCGUCACUUCUCGGCAAAGAAGGACAAUGUCCGGUUUUGAUGCUCGUGUUUCUCUUGUUCUUGCUCUAGCUACUCAGGCCUUCUCUCUGUCUCAGCGAAUUUUAGUGGAUUUGGCGGAUGAAACUGCGAAAUAUGUUUUUCCGAAGAGAUUCGAAAGUCGCAAUUUAGAGGAAGCUUUGAUGACAGUUCCAGAUCUUGAAACUGUGAAGUUUAACGUUUUAAAAAGGACAGAUGAGUACGAAAUCAGGGAGGUUGAGCCUUAUUUUGUAGCAGAGACAACAAUGCCUGGGAAGACUGGAUUUGAUUUCAGUGGUUCAUCGCAAUCUUUCAACAUCUUGGCUGAGUACCUCUUUGGAAAGAAUACUGUGAGUGAGAAAAUGGAGAUGACUACUCCUGUUUUUACUCAGAAGACCCAAUCUGGUGGAGAGAAAAUGGAGAUGACAACGCCUGUAAUAACAAGGCAGUCAGAGGAUCAAGGAAAGUGGCAGAUGUCAUUUCUCAUGCCUUCAAAGUAUGGUGCCAACUUGCCAUUACCAAAAGAUUCCUCUGUGAGAAUCAAAGAGGUGCCGAGAAAAAUUGUUGCAGUGGCUGCCUUUUCAGGUUUUGUAACAGAUGAUGAGGUUAAACAGAGGGAAUCAAAGUUACGUGAUGCUCUACGGAAUGAUGGGCAGUUUCAAGUAAAAGAAGAUGCAUUAGUGGAGGUUGCACAGUACAAUCCACCAUUUACAUUACCAUUCAAUCGUCGUAAUGAGAUCUCGCUGGAAGUCAAAAAGAAAGAUGAGUAGGUGCUUACUGUAAAUAUGGAACUAUUUCAAAAUAUAUACACAGGUUAUCUUGUCUUGUAAAGGUUAUUGUAUUUUCAUAUAGGCUGGUGGCGCAAUCAGGUAGACAUGUAAGUCUUGUGUAAAUACACACCAAAUUCAAGAUGUAUACAUAAAGCUGUUGAAAUAUCUACAUCCUAUGCAUGUCCCUGCCAAAGCGUUGACUUGCUUAAGUUAUCUCA